CCUUGUGGGAAACCUGGAAAUCUCUCUAUUCGCGAUCUCUUCUCUCUCUCUCUCUCUCUCUCUCUUACUCGAAGCAGAGACGCACUUCCAAACCCUAAUCCGACGACCUCUCCUCGCCGCUCAAUCCUCAUCGCCGAUUCGUGCCGGCUCUGUUUUUUGAUGAAAUUGCGUAACGAUGGCUGGAUAUUCAACGAAAGGAGCUCCUACUAAUGGAUCAGUCUACGUUUCCAAUCUCCCUUUAGGCACUGACGAGAAUAUGUUGGCUGAAUAUUUUGGGACCAUUGGGUUGCUUAAGAGAGACAAACGAACUGGUACUCCCAAGGUAUGGCUGUACAGAGACAAAGAGACUGAUGAGCCCAAGGGGGAUGCUACUGUUACCUAUGAGGACCCGCAUGCUGCUCUGGCUGCUGUUGAAUGGUUCAAUAACAAAGAUUUCCAUGGAAGCACCAUUGGAGUUCUUAUGGCCGAGUCGAAGAACAAAAAUGCCGGUGAUUCAGUUGAGUUUCUUGGAUUUGAUGGAGGUGCUAAGGAGGAAACUAAUGAAGGUGCUGGAAGGGGGAGAGGCCAGGCUGAUUCUUCGGCCAAGCCAUGGCAGCAAGAUGGUGACUGGAUGUGCCCAAAUACAAGUUGUACAAAUGUGAAUUUUGCAUUCCGUGGGGUUUGUAACCGCUGUGGAACUGCCCGACCAGCUGGUGCAUCUGGUGGCAGCAUGGGGGCAGGUGGUCGUGGAAGGGGUCGAGGUGGAGGCACUGAUGGUGGGCCACCGGGAAAGCAGCCCAGUGGUGCUCCUACUGGUCUUUUUGGUCCAAAUGAUUGGGCUUGUCCAAUGUGUGGCAAUGUCAACUGGGCUAAACGUUUAAAAUGUAAUAUCUGCAACACCAACAAACCUGGUCAGAAUGAAGGUGGUGUGAGGGGAGGUCGUGGUGGUGGUUACAAGGAAUUGGAUGAACAAGAAUUAGAGGAAACAAAGAGACGCAGGCGUGAGGCUGAAGAAGAUGAUGGUGAAAUGUAUGAUGAGUUUGGGAAUCUGAAGAAGAAGUACCGUGUUAAAACGCACCAAGCUGACAACAGGCCUGCUGUUGCUGCUGGUCGUGCUGGGUGGGAAGUCGAGGAACUAGGUAUUGAUAAAGAUGGAAGAGAGAGAAGCAGAGACAGGCAAAGAGACCGAGGUAGAGAUCAUCUCUAUGAUAAGGAUAGACGCAGAAGCAGAAGUCGAGAUAGGGAAAGAGGCAAGGAGCGUGACUAUGACUAUGACCAUGAUCGGGACCGAGACUAUGGUCGUGAACGUGGAAGUAGGUACCGUAACUGAGAGGCUUGUCAUAAGUGUUUAGGAUAGCGUUUCUUAUCUGCUUUGUCGACUUAAACUUCUUCAACGGUUUCAUUACAACGUCUUGGACUUCUUCUUCUUUUUUUCUUUUUUACUUAUUGUGUGAAUUUAAAAAUAUUUUUGGUACUUCAAUGGCUAUUGUUUUUAUUGAGUCACUUAUAUUGCUCUGAUUAUGUUGUGAAGAAUAUCCCAUGAUUAUCGUUUUGAAAAAUUGAUAAUUAUGUCAAAGCAUGGAGUAUUAAAUUAA